AUGGGUGACUGGAACCUGCUGGGGAGGCUUCUGGAGAGUGCUCAGCAGCACUCCACAGUGGUGGGGAAGGUCUGGCUCACUGUCCUGUUCAUUUUCCGUAUCCUUGUCUUGGGGGCAGCUGCCGAGAAAGUCUGGGGGGACGAACAGUCGGGCUUCUCCUGCGACACCAAGCAGCCAGGCUGCCAGAACGUCUGUUAUGACGAAACCUUCCCCAUCUCCCACAUCCGCUUCUGGGUGCUGCAGAUCAUCUUCGUCUCCACCCCCAGCCUCGUCUACCUGGGCCACAUCCUGCAUCUGGUGCGCAUGGCGGAGAAGGAGCAGCAGCGAGAGGAGACUUGGGGGGCCCAGCAGGAACCCCUGGUGCAGCAUAAACCCUCCAUCAAAGAUGUUCAUGGCAAAAUCCGCCUGCAGGGGGCCAUUCUGAGGACAUAUAUUUGCAACAUUGUCUUUAAGAUGCUCUUUGAGGUGAGCUUCAUUGUGGGCCAGUACGCACUGUAUGGGUUCGAACUAAAGCCCCUCUACACGUGCAACCGCUGGCCCUGCCCCAACACAGUCAACUGCUAUAUAGCCCGGCCCACCGAGAAGACCAUCUUUAUUCUCUUCAUGACGGGGGUGGCCUGCCUGUCUCUGCUCCUCAACCUGAUAGAAAUGUACCACCUGGGCUUCACCAAGUGCAGGCAGAGGCUGGCAGCCGACCACUGUCGGGCACCCACCCCCAAGGCCAGCUCCAACGCUCCCAGAGAAACAAGCGGCCACCACAUUCCCCACUGUCCUGCACCCUACAGCCUUCCCCAUGCCGCUGACCCCAGCCUUCCAUUGCAGCCUUACGCCAGCCAAGCUGCUCCCUCAGCGGGCGGGGACAGCUGUGCAGCACGGAGCAGCCGCGAGACAGGCACCCAGGGUCUGGUCAUGGAAGAACUGUUGCAGCAGGGCAGCAGGUCCAGUAAAUCCAGCACUAAGCUGAGACCCAGUGACUUGGCUGUUUAA